AUGCUCGCCUCUUCGCAGUCCAGUCACGCCGAUAAAGCCGAUGUCGACGCCGAAAAGGCAGAGUAUAGCGCUCAGGUGCAUGUCUCACCAGAACACAACGACUACAAGAGCCAUGGCUUGAAGAGGUCCCUCAAGCCUCGCCACCUCACGUUCAUCUCUAUCGGUGCUUGCAUCGGCACAGGCAUCUUUCUGGGAAUCGGCUCAAGUCUCGCCAAGGGUGGUCCGCUAGGUUUGCUCAUGGGUUUCUCGCUCAUGUGCUCCGUCACGAUCGCCGUCAUGCUUCUCGUCGGAGAGAUGGUCACCUUCCUGCCCGUCCCUGGCGGUCACAUCCGACUUGCCGGCCGCUUUGUUGAUCCUGCGCUGUCCAGUGCAAUGGGCAUCAACUACUACCUCUGCUGGGUGCUCAUCCUUGCCGCAGAAAUUUCCGCGACUGCGGUCCUCGUCACUUACUGGACCACUUCCAUCUCCCAGGCCGUUUGGAUGUCCAUCAGCCUUGUCGUUGUACUCACGUUGAACCUGUUCGGCGCAAAGUAUUACGGCGAAGCCGAAGUGUGGUUCGCGUCCAUCAAGGUCGUCACCAUGGUCGGUCUCAUCAUCCUCGGCAUCAUUUUGAGCGCGGGGGGAGGCCCCAGCCACAAAGCUACCGGAUUUCAAUAUUGGCGUAACCCGGGGCCGUUCGUGCAGUAUCUCGGUAUUCCAGGAUCGACGGGACGUUUUCUUGGGUUCUUCGCGGUUCUCACGCAAGCGGCUUUCUCCGUCAUUGGCACAGAGAUGCUCGCUUUGGCUGCCGCCGAAACUAAAAACCCGCGGAAGGUCCUUCCUCAAGCUCUCCGCACCGUGUGGAUUCGCAUCGUCGUGAUCUACUUCAUGGGUUCGUUAGUGGUCGGCAUCCUCGUCGCUUCCAACAAUCCGCGCCUCGGCUCGUCGUCUACGGCCUCCGCCUCCCCCUAUGUCAUUGCCAUCGAAACGGCAGGCAUCAAGGCCUUGCCGUCGGUGAUCAACGCAGCCAUCAUCACUUCCGCACUCUCCGCAGCCAGCUCAGACCUGUUCACCACAUCACGGACCCUCCACUCCCUCGCUUCACAAGGUCACGCGCCGCGCAUCUUCAGUCGUACGAACAGAGCGGGCGUGCCGUACGUCGCCGUCGUCUUUUCCUGGCUCUUCGGUUGCCUCGCCUACCUUGGCGUCAAGUCGUCUGCGCAGAAUGUGUUCAACUUUCUCGUCAACCUCACCGCUCUCUCGGGCAUCCUCACAUGGCUCGCCAUCGCCAUCACGUACCUCCGUUUCCGUCGCGGUAUGGCGGCUCAGGGCCUCAAGCAUGAGGAUCUCCCAUGGAAGAGCAAGCUCGGUUACCCGGCCGCGAUAUGGGUCAUUUUUAUGGUCUCCGUGGUCACAAUCUUUAGCGGUUGGGAGGUGUUCAGGCCAGGGCACUGGGACCCCUCCGCGUUCUUCUCGAACUACCUUCCUGUCGUGUGGUUUAUCGUCUUCUACAUUGGAUACAAGUUUUACCUCAAGAGCAAGAUCGUGCGAGCGUCAGAGAUGGACUUUGUGUCCGACCUAGAUGCGAUCCUUGCAGAUGAACGGGCAGGGGCCGCAGAGGACGCCAUGCGUCCAGAGCCGACCACCUUUUUCGGUAAGGCAAUGGCCGUCCUUUCCUCUAUCUGA